AUGACGCCCAGUCGGGAUCUUGAUCCGCAUCAAGAUUGCGUACCAGACCAUGUAGGAGAAGACACAGCUGCUCACGAACAAGAUGCUCUGGUUCAAGCCAACCUGGAGACGCACCAUGACCGUUCCAUAGCCCAGGCACGGCCGGACAGGCCGACUUUAUCAGUUACUGUCCCAGAUGGCCUUGUCACCCGACGUUUUUCUCUCACUGAAGAGGAUGAAAUCCAUACAGAGGGGCCGCCGUCUGAUGCGGCCGCAGAAGAAAAACCACAGCCGGUUUCAUGGAGCCAGCUGCCUCAAAAGGGCCAGCUGAUGAUUCUCGUCUUGGCUCGUCUAUCCGAGCCAUUGACUCAGACUUCGUUACAGGCCUACCUGUUUUACCAGCUCAAGUCAUUCAACCCUUCCCUGCCGGACUCGACUAUUUCUUCGCAGGCUGGUAUCAUUCAAGGAAGCUUCACUGCUGCUCAAUUCUUGACUGCUGUAUGGUGGGGGCGUUUGGCCGAUGCCUCCUGGAUGGGCAGGAAGCGAGUGCUUUUGAUCGGCCUGAGUGGAACCCUCAUGUCUUGUAUUGGCUUUGGCUUCUCCAGAACAUUUGCCUCGGCUAUCGCAUUCCGUAUCCUGGGUGGGUUUAUGAAUAGCAACGUGGGUGUUAUGAGAACAAUGAUAUCGGAGAUUAUCGAGGAGAAAAAAUAUCAAUCCCGGGCUUUCCUUCUCCUCCCAAUGUGUUUCAAUGUCGGAGUCAUCAUUGGGCCCAGUUUAGGAGGUUUCUUAGCAGAUCCAGCUGGCAGCUUUCCAGGCGUCUUCGGGCCUGGCUCUGUCUUUGGCGGAAAAGAUGGCGUCUGGUGGAUGCAACAUUGGCCAUAUGCUUUACCCAACCUCGUCAGCGCGGUGUUUAUUUCCAUGUCUUUGGCUGCCGUGUUUCUGGGAUUGGAAGAGACCCACGAAAUAGCCAGGUUCCGACCUGACUGGGGCCGUCACCUGGGCAAAACCCUUGCCAGAUUGUUUAGAAAUAGCUCGGAACCCAGGUAUAGUAGACUAAACGAUGAUCCUGAUGAGGUGAACUCGGUCGAUUGGGAACACAGUGUGCCGCCAAGUCCAGUAUCUACUCGACAAGCCCCUGCAACCCUGGUGCGCAAGAAUUCUCCUUGGAAGCAAAUAUUUUCCAGAAAUGUUGUCCUCACGCUCCUGACACACUUCCUCCUCGCCAUGCACACAAGCGCCUUCAAUUCCAUGACAUUUGUUUUCCUGCCGACACCGCGCGCCCCGGAAGACAGCCACAAGGGGUGGUUUCAUUUCAACGGCGGCAUGGGUCUUUCUCCCUCCCAAGUCGGUAUCGCCACCUCGGUCAUUGGAAUAAUAGGGCUACCUCUCCAACUCUUUGUGUACCCACGAGUCCAAUUCCGUCUCGGCACGUUACGGUCCUUCCGUACUUUCUUGCCACUUUCACCAUUAGCCUACGCGCUCAUGCCUUUUCUUGUCUUGAUUCCUCGGACAUCGCUAUUUGUUUGGCCCUCGUUUACGUUUGUGGUAGCCCUGCAGGUCAUUUCACGAACAUUUGUCUUGCCAGCGGGAAUCAUCCUUGUGAAUAACAGCGUGACUGAUCCGUCUGUUCUCGGCACUAUUCACGGGAUUGCUCAGAGUACUUCUAGUGGGGCCCGGACAUUGGGUCCGUUUCUCGGUGGAUUAGGCCUGGGUUUUGGGUUGUCGAACAAUAUUGUCGGUGCUGUGUGGUGGGCAUUGGCUGUAGAAGCCAUGUUGGGCUGGGUUGUCAGUUGGACGAUCUAUGAAGGCAAGGGUAUAGACAGAAAGAAGAAGCCUGCUAGAGGGCAUUCGUGA